AUGUCUGAUCAACCAAGAACAACAACAGGUUCCUAUGGUUCCUAUGAUAACAAUCCCAACAUGAAUAGUAGUAAUAAUAACUCAACCUCACGCCAAACAGUUAAGUUCUUAACUGCUGCCACUAUUGGUGUCUCACUCUUGCUCUUGUCUGGUUUAAUCCUCACUGGGACUGUUAUAGGGUUAAUCAUUGCAACCCCUCUUCUUGUUCUGUUUAGUCCUAUCCUUGUACCUGCUGCUAUAGUCAUAGCACUUGCUGCUGGUGGCUUUUUGUUCUCCGGUGGUUGUGGUGUGGCGGCGAUAGCUGCAUUGUCAUGGAUAUAUAACUAUGUUUCUGGGAACAAUCCUGCAGGUUCUGAUACACUUGAUUAUGCUAAAGGGGUGAUUACGGGUAAGGCUAGGGAUGCGAAGGAAAGGGCCAAGGAUUAUGGAAGUUAUGCUCAGGGUAGAGCUCAAGAGGCCACACAAGGGUCUUACUAA